CAGAGGCGCUGUAGAGCUGAGCGCGUAGAGUCAGCGGUGCGUAUUGGUCUCUAGCGGUUCCGCCGAGUCGUGGCUCUUUGACUUGGAGCAAAACGUCGCGCUUUCGGGAUUGUCUGUGUCUGCUCCUACAAGAUCCAUGCCCUGUUUUCGGUUUUCAGUGUGUCCUUUUCCUCGAACAUUGGAGGUUUUUUCGUCUCACUUUCCGCUUUUUCUGGCGAUCCUCAUCCCGGAGCAUUUCUUCCGUUCUCGAACACUUCAAGAGCCGCGCUCAUGCUUCUGCGCGCUGGGCUGCGACAUACACUUCCACGUAUGCGUGUACAUGUACUGCGAACCCGCUGUACCUCUGUGCCGAACCUCUGCGUCCCGACAUCUCAAUUUUUAUUUUAAAGAGGUGGCAGUUCGCUGUCGAUUUCUAGUUUUUCUGUUGGCCUGAAUACUCCUUUUGACCUCGCGUUUUCGCCCUCCUUGAGGGAGACACGGAAGGUUGGGUCCUCCACAACCCCAGUACGUCUCUUCUCGUGCCGAAAAAGGAAGGGAUCUGUGCAACUUGCGCGCGCCCCCACGAGAGAUAAACGCGGAAUAUUACGCGUAUUUCUUUGCGUUUCCCUCCAAUUUCCGACAGAGCGACACAGUUUCACUCUGGACCCUGGUAAAGAGUGCCUUUUUACUGCUUUUUCGGUCCCUUUCGCUGCCCGUUCUGCUUUUCGGCGCCUGCGCGACCGCCUCUGGCGUAUCCUACCCGCGCUCUUCGUUUUCCUCGCGUUCCGGUCGACAACGAGGAAGAGGGUACACUCAAGGUCGAAAAAAUCGGCUGGACGUUGUGCGUUUUCCGCAACCGAAAACCCAUCACUCUUUUCGCCGGAGCCGAAGCAUUUUCUACCCUGAUUUUUACCCGAGCACGAUUAGCCAUCAGCUUCACCUGGACCGGAUGAUCCACGAAGCCUGGGGAGCGUUGAGUUGUCAAGAACUGGGGAAGAGAGACGUGUCUUCCUCGAGUUGUUUCCUCAAGGGAAAAGAGCACCGCGGAACGCGUUUUUCCGCACUCUUCGUCCCCUUGCGCUUGCCUCUCGUCGCGCAACAAUGCGGGGUAGUCUGUGCGUAUCGACUAGUGUGCGUUUUUCUGGUUCCUUACCUUUCCGUCUGAUUGUUUGUCGGCUUCGUCGACCUUGUUCUUGGCGUCUGUGAAGGACGUGUUUUCGUUCCGCCUUCGGUGUCUCGCUCGGAGAGACGCACUCGCCUUUGUUCUCGCCUUCGCUUCCCUGCUUUCUAUCUCCCUGCCUUGUCUACGCAGUCUCGUCGCUCGUCUCGAUUGUCUUGUUACCCUCUUCUGGGUUGUCUUCUGUGUGUCCGGGCCUGACGUGCCUGCCGAGUUUAGGGUGCAUGCACCGCGGACGUGUGUGUGUUGAUGCAUAGAUGCCUCGCAGUUUUUUAUUGGUUCUCUCGAGUUCCACAAGAUGAGCGCAGCCUACUACACCCGCAGACCCGGGCUCUCUGGAUCGCCCUAUCCCCAGUCUCAAAACGGAAGCGGCGAGAGAAACGCGAACCAGGGGCAAGGCCCGGCGCCCUACGGCUACCCGCCUCAGCAGCGCAUGCAACACUUCAGUCAGCCUCAAAACAGUGUGCCUUCCCAGCCGGCCAACCCCGCGCACGUCGACCCGAACAGCAAUCCUGAGGGCGACGAAGGCUGGAAAAGCAAAGUCGUCCUGCCUCCAAAGGACAACCGCGUGAAAACCGAGGAUGUGACGAAGACGAAAGGCACGGACUUUGAGGAGUAUUUUCUACGACGUGAAUUGUUGAUGGGCAUCUUCGAGAAAGGCUUCGAAAAGCCGUCGCCAAUCCAAGAAGCGUCGAUUCCAAUUGCUCUCGCCGGGAAAAACAUCCUCGCUCGGGCGAAAAACGGCACUGGAAAAACCGCCGCGUUCUCGAUUCCUCUCCUCGAAAAGUGUCAGACGUCGAAGCGUUACAUCCAAGGGCUGAUUCUGGUUCCGACCCGUGAGCUGGCGCUGCAGACGAGCGCAGUGGUGAAGGCGAUUGGGAAGCAUAUGAACGUUCAGUGCAUGGUGUCGACGGGAGGCACAAGCCUGCGUGACGAUAUUAUGCGGCUGUACAACCCGGUGCAUGUACUCUGUGGGACGCCGGGAAGAAUUCUGGACCUGGCGAACAAGGGUGUCGCAGACUUGAGCAACUGCCAUAUGGUGGUCAUGGACGAAGCAGACAAACUGCUCUCGGCGGAGUUUCAACCGAUUGUCGAGGAACUCAUCAAGUUCGUCCCGCGUGAGAGGCAAAUUCUGAUGUACUCCGCGACCUUCCCGGUCACGGUCAAAGACUUCAAACACAAAUACCUGCCAGAUGCUCACGAAAUCAACCUCAUGGACGAACUCACGCUCAAGGGUGUCACGCAGUACUACGCCUUCGUCGAAGAACGCCAAAAAGUUCACUGCCUUAACACUCUCUUCUCGAAGCUUCAAAUCAACCAAGCAAUCAUUUUCUGCAACAGCGUGACUCGUGUGGAGCUUCUGGCGAAGAAGAUCACGGAACUCGGAUACUCGUGCUUCUACAUCCAUGCGCGGAUGAUGCAGUCCCACAGAAACCGGGUUUUCCACGAUUUCCGGAACGGGGCGUGUCGCUGCCUCGUGUCGUCCGACCUCUUCACACGUGGAAUCGACAUUCAGUCCGUUAAUGUCGUUAUCAACUUCGACUUCCCAAAGAACUCUGAGACAUAUCUGCACCGCAUUGGGCGCUCCGGUCGCUUCGGACACCUCGGACUUGCCAUCAACCUUAUCACUUAUGACGACCGUUUCAACCUCUACCGAAUUGAGAGCGAACUUGGUACCGAAAUUCAGCCGAUUCCGAGCCAGAUUGACGAAGCAAUUUACACAUAGCAUGCGUGACUUGCGAGAAGCAAAGAACGCAAAGACCCGAAACGUCCGUAAACAGAACCAGACUACGGCAUUGCCCCGCCCGAGGUGGUGAUAAAGCGUCUCCCUCGCGACAGCUAACUGGCUAACAUGCUGUGGCUAGAUGCUUGCAAGUGCCGAGAACUUGGUGUAGGGGACUGCCUGGUCGUACCGAAAAGGGGCCGAGGCGUGGGACAGCUAAUUGACAACGUGCUGUUCUUGUGGCCAAGUGGGGAAGGCAUUCGUUCAAACCCAACUCCCAACAUUGUCCGCUAAAUGCCUGCCUCGCCCAAUAGGAAGCGCGGCUUCACAUGACAACUGCCACGACCGAGAGGCAAAAACUGUUUCGUUUUCGGUCCGGCAAAGAGUCUAUAGAGACAGCGAUGUAGUUUGGCAGCGCAGGCUAAGUAGGGUCACAUGUAAGCGGGUCCGGCAAAGAGUCUAUAGAGACAGCGAUGUAGUUUGGCAGCGCAGGCUAAGUAGGGUCACAUGUAAGCGGG